AUGGGAUAGUCAACAUUUCAAUAUUCAUUUGAUUUUCAAGUUACUCAGUCAAUUAGUUUUACGUUUAAUUGCAUUUUUUUUUUAGUAAGACUAGCGUAAGUCGUUCAUUUUGAUACUGAUGUCAUGCAAACUCAUAAAGCGUUAGAACUGGGAAGUCCCCAUAAGUAAGCAUGUGCGUGUUAUUUUAGUAUGGAGAAAUCAAUCUGAUUGAAAAUGGAUCUUUCGAGCUCUGGUCCUCUGGUUUUAGAGACCUUGACUAAUGCUUGUUGCCAGAAUGCCGAUGUUUUAAAACCAGCCGAACGCCAACUUCAGCAAUGGGAAACACAACCAGGAUUCUAUACUAUUCUAAGUGAAAUAUUUUCCAAUCAUAAUAUCGGCACAAAUGUGAGAUGGUUAGCAGUGUUGUAUUGUAAGAAUGGAGUGGAGCGUUAUUGGAGGAAAACAGCCCCAAAUGCCAUGUCUGAAGAUGAAAAGGAGAGACUGAAGUCCAAGCUAAUUUCCAAUUUUUCUGAGCCAGUUCCACAGAUCGCUACUCAGCUGGCAGUGUUGAUUUCUAAGAUAGCCCGAUUGGACUGUCCUCGUAACUGGAAUUCCCUUCUUCCUGCUCUUUUCCAAGCUGUUCGCUGUGAAGACUUACUUAUCCAAGAGAGAGCACUCCUCAUUCUUCAUCAUGUGACAAAAACUCUGGCCUCAAAAAGACUUCCUCCUGAUAGAAAGCUGUUUGAAGAAUUGACUGGGGAGAUAUUUGGGUUUGUUUAUGGACUUUGGAUCAGAGAUCUUGACCUAUUUGCUGAACUCUCACAAGUCCAUAGUGAUGAAAUGGGACCAGCAAUGGAUAGGGCAAACCUGUCUUGUAAAAUUAUCAGGAAACAGAUUGUUUACGGCACCAAAGAUCCCUCAACUAACCAGGACAUGUCAAGCUUUUUAAACCAGAUAUUUGUCAGAAUGAAGCAGGUCCUGGGCUUUAGACAGAGUAUGUGGGGGAAUCACCAAGUUCUUGAGAAAUGUCAGAAAAUGAUUCUUAUGAUUACUAAAAUUUUGUUAGAUUUACUGGACAACCAUCCUAUCUCCUUUAUACAGCUGAUCAGACCUACCCUUGAAUUUGUGGUCACGUAUAAUUUCUCUAUGUCAGAAAAAGGUUUGCUGUUUGAGAGAUUCACCGUAAACUGUUUUAAUUUGAUGAAGGGAAUUCUAUCCAGUGACGUGUACAGACCUAUGAAGUCUCCAGAGCAAACUGAUGCCGUCAAGAUGGCAGCGUAUAAAAUUAAGAUGGAUUUUUUUCAUUACGGUACGCUACAUGAGAUUUGUCGUCGUCUGAUCUCGCAGUACUUCCUGUUAACGUCAGAGGAUCUCAGUCACUGGGACGCUGAUCCCGAGGGCUUCUGUUUAGAAGAAGGUGGAGAUUCCUACAAGUAUUCACUUAGACCCAGCUCAGAAGUGCUGUAUCUUACACUGUUUAAGGAAUUCCGGACCUCCUUGGUCCCAGUUGUCCUUGAACUUGUCCAGGCCAUACAGGCACCUUGUGAUCCAGAGGACAUGAUUGGGAUUCUCAGUAAAGAUGCAGUGUACAAUGCAGUUGGUCUCUCAGCUUUUGAUCUGUUUGAUGAUGUGGAUUUCGACAAAUGGUUCUCCUCCGAACUACUUCAGGAACUUAAUAUAAAGCACCAAAAUUACCGCAUCAUCCAUCGGAGGAUUAUCUGGCUGUGUGCCCAUUGGGUUGGGGUCAAGAUGUCCUUCUCUCUGCGCCCGACUUUGUACCAGGCCAUCAUUUCUCUCCUCAACCAAUCAGAAGACUUAGUAGUCAGAAUAGAAUCAGCCAUGACUCUCAAAACUGCUGUAGAUGAUUUUGAAUUCAGUGUUGAGCAGUUCUUACCAUAUUUGGAUUCCAUGUUUUCUCUGUUGUUUGAUCUCCUAAAGGAAGUCCAGGAAUGUGAUACAAAGAUGCAGAUUUUGCAUGUGAUAUCUUUCUUGAUUGAGCGGACUGGUGGCCAGAUCAAACCCUAUGCUAGUUCCCUCCUCCAGUAUCUACAGAUUUUGUGGCAGGAGGCUCAGGAGCAUAACAUGCUGAAGUGUGCUAUUCUGACAACACUGGUGCAUCUAGUAAAGGGCUUUGGGUCUACUUGUACGACAAUGUACGAGUUCCUCCUGCCAGUGAUUCAGAUCAGCACGGACGUCACGCAGGACCAGCAUGUCUAUCUUGCGGAGGACGGACUGGACCUAUGGUUAGAGACGGUCAGAAACUCUCCAGCUCCCAACGACCACCUCCUACAACUGUACAGAAACAUGCCAGGACUGCUGGAAAUGGGAACAGAGAACCUAAGGACAUGUUUAAAGAUCAUUGAAGCAUACCUUCUUCUGUGUCCUCAACAAUUCAUGCAUCAUUUUUGUAAUAGUCUUGCAUCCUCUCUACAUGGCUUAAUGAAAGACAUUCGGGAAGAUGGACAGAUAUUGAUAUUACGGGUAGUAGAAGUAGCAUUAAAAUUAUUUCCAAAAGAAGGACCAGAUAUAUUCAUGAACAUGUUUGUUUCAAUAGUGGAUUCAAUUCUGAAAGACAAGAACCAGUCUAUGCUGGUCUCCAUGAACUUGACCCUGUUUGGGAGAGUUGUCCUUCAGAAUCAAGAGUUUAUGUGGAAACUUCUCCAACAGACGGCGCCACAGUACCAAGAGGAAGUGAACACUUUAUUUGGGGCUUUGCUGGACAUCUGGUUUGACAACAUGGAUUACAUUACACAACCAGAGAGGAGGAAGCUGUCUGCUUUAGCUCUAGCUUCAUUACUCUCCGUUAACUCCAGCCUGGUGGAUGAGAAGUUUGCGGGGAUCGUAACUCUGUGUGUGGGUGUGUUACAUGACGUGACUAGAAUACCAGUGGACGAUGAUCCUCUCUUACAGCUAGAUUCCCUGGUGAUCAGUGAUACAGAUCAGGGGACAGAUGCAGAUGAGGAGGAAGUAGAACAUGAGAAACGUAAACAUCAGCUUUCUAAACAGGACCCGGUCCACACGGUGCCCCUGAAGGAUUUCCUCAUGUCUCAGCUACAUUUGUGUAAGGAACAGCGAGGGGAUAAGUUUGACCUUCUGAUGAAUCAGGUCGACCCAGAAAUUGUCCAACAGCUGACAGCAUUUACUAGGUAGUCAUGGAUACCUAGUUUCCAUAGUGAUGACCUACUUCUAGUAGGAUUAUGGUGCUUGGAUUAUAUUCUUACAACAUAUGCUGUAUACAUGUAUGAACAGUGACCUAAAGCAUCUAGCGAAGAAUGAAAUAUGAUAAAAUGCAUUUUUUCCCUUGGAAAUUGGAAGUUUUGGGGUAUUUUAAAUUAAUUUAUUCAAGUGUUCACAUGAUAGUUCCUUGUGAGCUACCCUGAGUCUUUGUUUGUUCAUUGUACAUGUUUACUUGUGAGAAAUUUUGAAACUGCUUGAAAACAUUCAGUGUAUCACUGUGUUAGUGGGAGUAAAAUGCCAGAAACAUUUUACCUUAGACACGAUAUGUAAUACCAGUAUGUAAACCAAUGUUAUCAGUGAUUGUUGUUAUUUAAAGUUCUUGUCGGUGACUACUUUCAAAUUGUUACAGUGCGUUUUAAAAAUUGAAAUGCUUUAAUAAAAGACAAAAAAUCCAAGUCAUGUAGUAAUAAUUACAACAUCUUAUAAAAUCUUCUUGGUUCUUGGAACUCCCAACAGGAAAAUUUUUUGCAUGAUCAAUUCUCAACCUUUUGUCGAAAUACUGAAGAUAACCAACUUUUCAAGACACCUUAUUU